AUGCCCCGACGUGACAAAAAUGCCCAUGCCACUCUGGCAACCGGCCACCCGUUGCCGCUCCCUCCAGGAGCUACAACCACCACCACCACCACCACCACCACGACGCCUCAGCCUCCUUCAUCACCUCAGAUUAACAGUAGACAUGAUUCAAUGCCAAGAAUACAGAGCCCAUGGCAAAAUGGGAAGCUCAUUGGUCGUGGAACAUUUGGAAGAGUCUAUGUUGGCUCUAACAGGGAAACGGGAGCUUUGUAUGCAAUGAAAGAAGUUGAACUUUUACUAGAUGACCCAAAAUGUGAAAUUGAUGUUCUUAACCAGCUUAAACAUCCAAACAUAGUUCAAUAUUACGAUUGUGAAAUAGUACACCCUGGUCCAGUAAAUAAAUAUGGUCAUGAUCAUUGUGGAGGAAUGAUAGAACCCAUAGUACGCAAUAUUGUUUCUGGGCUUGCCUACUUACAUAGCACAAGAACAAAACACAGGGACAUUAAAGGGGCAAAUUUGUUAAUUGACAUAAAUGGGGUUGUUAAGCUUGCAGAUUUCGGUAUGGCUAAACAUCUUAUUGAACAAACUGGAUAUCUUUCUUUAAAAGGAAGUCCCUACUGGAUGGCACCUGAGCUUUUACAGUUGGAGAAGGAGAAGGAUGGUAAUUCAGAUCUUGCUUUGGCGGUGGAUAUCUGGUGUUUGAGCUGUACAAUUAUCGAAGUGAUUGAUGGAAAACCACCUUGGAGCGAGUAUGAAGGGCCUGCAGCAAUGACAAUGUUCAAGGUGAUGAAGGAGAACCCGCUGAUACCUGAGAAUUUGUCUUUAGAAGGCAAAGAUUUCUUAAAUGGUUGUUUCACAAGGAAUCCUGCAGAAAGGCCAAGUGCUAGAAUGUUACUUGAACAUGAGUUCUUAAAAAAUUCAAAAGAGUCGCAUGUUUCUUAUAUGUGGAUGGAUAAAGAGCAUUUACACUGUGAACUUGAUCGGUUGUGGUUGCUACGUAUACGCCUACCACAUAAGGGAAAGUGA